UUUAUUUAUAUAAUAUAAGUUGUUGGGGGCUAAACCAAAAUCUUCUCUUUUCUCUGUGUACCAAAAAAAAAAAAAUUCAUCCAUUUCAUUGCCUUGAUCAGUAGUUGAAAAACCAACCAAAACCCAAACUUUCCCUUCUUCUAUAACUCUGGUUUGAUUCAUCCCUAGAUCUGCAAAUUCCAAUUUUAACAGUUGAAAUGAAGUUCCCCCCUUUCUUAUUCCCAGAUCCUUCUUUUCAUACCAAAAGUGUUGCUUACCUCCUGGUGUUCUUUGUUGUUGAUGUUGCUCUAGUGUUCCAUUAUUGUGUUGAGGAAGCAGAGGCGGAUUCGGGUCGCUGUUCGGUUUAAUUCGGGUUUGGUUAUUGUUAUUUUCGGUGGUCGUUUAGAUUAGGCUUAUUUGGAGGUUUUGUGGAUGAGAUGAGGGAUGUUAUCAGGGUUGAUUAACCUUUUGAAGGCCUGUUUUUGGCCGAGGUCGGAUCGUUAUGUUCACGAAAGCGCAGAUGUCGCAGGCCAUCAAGAUGGGCUCUUGUGGUACAAGGAUAUCGGACAGCAUAUUAACGGCGAGUUCUCCAUGGCGGUGGUGCAGGCCAACAGUUUGAUCGAAGACCAGAGCCAGCUUGAGUCUGGUUGUUUGUGCUCACACGAGUCAGGACCGUAUGGUACUUUUGUUGGCGUAUACGAUGGGCAUGGGGGACCUGAGACUUCGCGCCACAUCAAUGAUCAUCUCUUUCAACAUCUCAAGCGGUUCGCUUCCGAGCAUCAGACAAUGUCGGUUGACGUGAUAAGAAAAGCAUAUCAAGCAACAGAAGAGGGUUUUACGUCUCUCGUUGCCAAACAAUGGCCUACGAGCCCACAAAUUGCAGCUGUUGGAUCGUGCUGCCUGGUUGGUGUUAUCUGUGGCGGCAACCUUUACGUUGCCAACCUUGGUGAUUCGCGUGCCGUUUUGGGGAGAGCUGUGAGGGAAACGGGAGAGUAUCUAGCCAGUCAGCUGUCUGAGGAGCAUAAUGUGUGCAUAGAGUCUGUAAGACAGGAGCUGCAGUCGUUGCACCCUGACGACCCACAAAUUGUUGUUUUGAAGCACAAUGUAUGGCGUGUAAAAGGUAUUAUACAGAUUUCACGAUCAAUCGGCGAUGUAUAUUUGAAAAGGGCUGAGUUCAACAGGGAGCCUUUAUAUCCUAAAUUUCGCCUCCGUGAGCCUUUUAAAAUGCCGAUACUGAGCGCCGACCCGUCGAUAUCAGUGCACAAGCUAUUGCCAUAUGAUAAGUUCCUGAUAUUUGCGUCGGAUGGGCUCUGGGAGCACCUGAGCAAUCAAGAAGCUGUCGAUAUAGUUCGAAAGCAUUCUCGAAGUGGAAUUGCAAGGAGGCUGGUAAGGACUGCUCUACACGAAGCCGCGAAAAAGAGAGAAAUGCGGUAUUCCGACUUGAAGAAGAUUGACCGGGGUGUCCGUCGGCAUUUCCACGAUGACAUCACGGUAAUCGUGGUGUUCCUUGACUCGAACCUUGUCAGCAGGGCUAGCUUCGUAAAGGGUCCAAACGUAUCUGUUAGAGGGGGCGGAAUUAACUUGCCUACUAAUACACUAGCUCCUUGUACCACGCCGACGGAAUCCGGCACGACCUGAUCAUUUAUACGAAUACCGAGUAGUUUCUGAACCGAUACAUGAACCGAGCCUUCAACUCUUUUAAGGUACAAUGUAACUGCAUCUAGCUUCUGUGCCGGAAAACUUAGAACUAAAGAGUACAAAUAUGAUAAUCACCUGUGAUAGUUUCCCAAGUCUUUAUUUAAUAAUCGUCUCCUUUUCUUUCUUGGUGCACUUGACAUUGUUAAAUCUUACGGAAUCCGAAAAUGGCGGAUGGUUCCGUUCCGGUGAAUGGCCAACGAUGCCGGAAGCAAACUUUGUUCUUGUUAUAAUGUAUGUUUGUAGCGGAACAUGUUCCUUUGA